CGUACAAAUCACGUGAUAUUGACAUGUGAUCGAAAACUUGGAGCAGAAAAAAUGUCGGGAGCUGGUGAUAGAAUCAACAUUUUCCCUUCUCGAAUGGCUAUGGCCAUUAUGAAGGGAAGACUAAAAGGAGCUCAAAAGGGCCAUAGUCUACUGAAGAAAAAAGCUGAUGCUCUCACCAUGAGGUUUCGAGCUAUUUUGAAAAAGAUUAUAGAGACUAAAGUUUUGAUGGGAGAUGUGAUGAAAGAGGCUUCGUUUUCCCUAGCCGAAGCUAAAUUCACUUCAGGAGACAUUAAUCAUAUGGUUCUACAGAAUGUCAACAAAGCACAGCUGAAAGUGCGAUCCAAGAAAGACAAUGUAGCAGGUGUGUUGUUACCAGUGUUUGAGGGUUAUCAAGAUGGAUCUGACAGUUACGAAUUGACGGGUCUCUCCCGAGGAGGACAGCAGAUAGACAGAUUGAAGAAAAACUAUGCACGUGCCAUUCAGUUACUGGUGGAGCUGGCCUCUCUACAGACAGCAUUUGUUACAUUAGACGAAGUGAUCAAGAUAACAAACCGCAGAGUCAAUGCUAUUGAACAUGUCAUCAUUCCACGUAUUGAAAGAACAUUAGCCUAUAUUACUUCAGAACUUGAUGAAAGAGAAAGAGAAGAAUUCUAUAGGUUAAAGAAAAUUCAGGAGAAAAAGAGGAAAAUUAAAGAAGAAACCGAGGCCAGAUUAGCUGCCUUCAAAGCUAGUAAUGAGUUUAAGGAACCAGCUAGUCUUCUAGCUGAGGAAAGAGAUGAAGACCUUUUGUUUAAUUGAUGGACUAAACCUAUAGUAGUGAUUGGAUAGAAUAUUGGAUAUUAAUGGAAUAUCAUAGCUUCCAUGACACCAUUAAGUUAUAGAGUGUAUAAACAGACUAAUAUAAUAUUACAUGUACUAGUAUUCAAUUUUAAUCAUAGUGGCUUGUUUGUUUUUUAAAGGGGUAAAAAAUGCUGUUGUUUACAAUGUAAACAAAAGAAAGAGUUGACCAGUAUGUCAACAUUUGAAUUUUUACACUUUCAUUUCGUUGGAUAGCCAUUUCAGAAGUCCAAUAAAGGCUGGAAAGCAGAUGUAGGGAAAAAUAUCCAACAUUUACGUUUCAAUAUUUUCAAAGCUACAAUUAUAUACCAUAUACAGCAAUGUGUAAAUACAAAGUAUUCCCCGUUUAUGUUUUGUGAAUCUAGUCUCUGCAGCACCGCCGGUGAGGAUGUGUCGCAGUCAAGUCCUGUGAUUAAACGAACAGAGCACCCACUGCUGGUCCUUUGUGUGGUGCAUGGUUCAGUGUGAUCCAAAUCAAUCCAUGUAGUGAAGAGGUUGAAGAGUAUGUUGAUGGAAAAUGAUCGUUGUUAUAGGGUUGAAUUUCAUUUAAUAGUAUUAUAAUGGAAAUAGGUAUACACUAUAUUGUAUGUAUUCGGGAAUUAUAAUUUAUAUGUAUAUCAUGAUUGUUGAUAUAGUGAAAAAUGUACACGUAUGUACAAUGUAAGAAUUAUCAGUUCAAAAAAUGAAAACAAAACAAAAUAAAGAUGACUCAAAA